AAGGCGUAUUCAUCCAAAAUCAUGAAAAAGAUUAUAACUUUGUCGAGAGUUGUUGGGUUAAUAAAAUAAUGGAAACUUAAUAAGAAGUAGAGAUGAUGACCAAACCAAAAUCAGGUCAACAAAACCUCCAAAACCAACAGCCCCACUUACCCAACGUUGUAUAAAUACCUGUUGCCUUCAAACUAGCUUUCAGAUUUCCCCAAAAUGGCAAGGCAGCUACAAAUGAUGAUGCAUUCUUCACAAGCCACAGCUCAGGUUGGCAUGGCUGGUGCGAGCCUUCUCUUGUGUGCUUUUGCAUUGUUUAUGUGUGCUUCCCAUGCUCGGAAAUGGCGUCGUCGCUGGAAUGCUUGCUUGGAUUAUGGCUACGAGUUUGAGGAUCCUGUAAUAGAGCUUAACCAAGAAGCGACAGUUGUGACUACGCAACGAGUGAAUACCUGUGUUGUGAAUGCCACUGAGCCGGAGAAUGGCAACGACGAGAUGUUCUUCAGUAGAGAGCAACGAGCUGCUGUAUGGGAGAAGAACAUACUCAUGGGAGGGAAGUGUCAGCUACCGGACUUCUCGGGCGUCAUAUUAUACGACUCCAAUGGAAACGUCGUAACCCCUGCUAGAACUCAGCUUCCUCUACUCACCUGGAAGUGAAGAGAAACAUUGACAAUCAUUGACAAAAUAUCAUCUCAG